AUGGUCAAUCAGGGCCCUGUUGUUCCAUCCCGUGCCGGCAGCCUGGGUCCUAAACUCCAGGGCAAGCUCCUGGGCGCUCCUCGUCUCCUGCCUCAGAUGAUAGAGACACUCACCCGCCACUCUGCCCUCGGCCUGUGGAAAAUAUUCUUCAAAGACUCAGAGAAACCAUCAAAGAAGACAAUUGUGUGGGUGCUGUGUGUCGAACUCCUGGUGUCGCUGGGGACAGCGGUUCUCACCAUUGUUGCCAUGCCAUUCUUCGGCAUCGUGACCAAUGCGAUGAUGCUGAACAGCAUCAGCAUCCUGUCCUCAAUCUUCCAGGUGUGCGCUCAGUGCAUUGCGAGGGAGAGGAAGCGAUUCAUAGUGCCCCCAAUCAUCUCAUUAGUCCUCAUACUGUCAGGCUACGUGCUCUUCAUCCUCAGUUACCUGCUGUUGAAGGAAGAUAGGGGGAUGAACGUCUGGAUCGGACUGGCAAUUGUGGGGACCAUCUUUGUCUCGCUGAACUGGUGGGAGAACUACAGCACCCUCUUCAAAAGCUCCUUCCUGAACAGUAUAUGCGAAGACAUAGCGAGAUCCAGGAAUGUGGUGAGCAUCCUCUCCAGUCUGGUCCGGAUUCUUGUCACUGCAGCCGUGGUGGGGGCAUACGUCCCUCUGUCUGGCAGAGUCUGGUCAUCGGUGACAUCAGUUCCAGGGGAUGUGGGGUUGGUGAUCCUGAUCUUGGUGGCCAUCCAGAUAGUGUCCUCCGCUCUGUGCCAUUGGUUUGUGGUGGUGGCUUGCAAAAUGCACGCCAUGCGGCGAAGCUUCCUGUUACCCAUGUACCUGGCCUCGUUAGGUGUUCUGGCAGCGUUCGUCGCUCCUGUCAUUAUCUUCUUCCAGAAUUCAAGUGACCCCAGAGGUGCUAACUACACCAUCACAGAGUACUGCAAUGAUAUCACAUAUGGCAGGGGCCUAAGCGGCGAUACUGUCUGGUUUGAGAGGCUAGUCAGGGACAUCACCCAUACCCUCUGUCCCCAGGACAUGACCGACCUAACAGAAAUGGGCCUCUUGGGAGGCUCUGCACUCUGCUGGUGGUUGGGUUGGAUGCUGUGUACUAUGUACAUCUGGUUCCUCCAGCUUCAGCGCAUCGAGAGGACACAGAAUCUGUUUGUGCGGAGGAUGUACGAGGGGGCCUUUCUGGAACAAUCCAUACUGCUCAACACGCGUUUUGAGAUUCAGAGGAAGAAAAAAUUCCACAGGCAAACUGACCCAGUCACAGUGUACCUGUGUGCAACAAUGUGGCAUGAGAACUAUGACGAAAUGAUGAAAAUGAUCAUCUCAAUGUUCAGGCUGGACAAAUACAGGCCAAGGAAUAACUCCAACAAUGAUGUGAGCUUCGAGUCUCACAUUUACUUUGAUGAUGCUUUUAAAGACGUGAAUGGUAGUAAAGAACGGCAUGUGAACGAAUACGCAGAGAACCUGGUGGAGGUUAUCCGAGAGGUUUACAAUAUCUUCAAUGAGGCGGAUUCAUGCAUCUUCAGAGAGAGCCCACCCCUUCCAUGCCAGAGGAUCCUGCGCACCCCUUACGGAGGUCGACUGGAGUACACCCUCCCUAAUGGCAACCUGCUGAUGGUGCACUUUAAGGACAAGCUACUGAUCCGCCACAAGAAGAGAUGGUCUCAGAUUAUGUACUUGUACUACAUUCUCGGCUGGCGACUCACCAGGAAGUAUUUCAAGAAGGAAAAGAUGAUGGUAAACAGCAUAAACAAUCAUUUUUUAUAAUUUUAGCAUCUUUACUUGGAUAAAUUGUUAAAUUACUCUUGUAAAGGAAAUGGGACUGAUACUCGUGUAUUCUGUUAGAAAGAGAAGGACAAUACCUAUCUACUGGCUUUGGAUGGAGACACCGACUUCCAGCCCUCUGCUGUAAUGCUCCUAAUAGAUCGACUGAACCUUUAUCCACGUGUGGGUGCGGCAUGUGGGAGGAUUCACCCAACAGGCACAGGUCCUAUGGUAUGGUAUCAGAAGUUUGAGUACGCGGUGGCCCACUGGCUUCAGAAGACUGCAGAGCACGUGUUUGGUAGUGUGCUCUGCAGCCCCGGCUGCUUCAGUUUGUUCAGGGGCGCAGCCCUCAUGGACGACAACGUCAUGAAGAGAUACACCACUAAGGCCACGGAGGCUUGCCACUACGUACAGUAUGAUCAAGGUGAAGACCGCUGGCUGUGCACUCUCCUGCUGCAACAGGGCUGGAGGGUGGAGUACAACGCUGCGUCUGACGCCUACACCAACGCCCCCCAGGACUUCAAGGAGUUCUAUAACCAGCGGCGGCGCUGGGGGCCCUCCACCAUGGCCAACACCAUCGAUCUGCUUGGCUCAGGGUCUCUGACCUCCCAGAGGAACAGCUCCAUCUCCAAACCCUUCAUCCUCUACCAGAUUCUCAGCAUGGCCGCCUCCAUCCUAGGCCCGGCUACAAUCUGCCUAAUGAUCUCAGGAAGCUUGUCAUUCAUCCUAGACAUCGAUCCCAACGUUGCUUUGGUCCUUGCAACAGUGCCCCCUGUGGUGUACCUGUUGCUCUGCUUCAAGCUGAAAUCGGACACACAGAUCACCAUAGCAGCCGUCAUGACUGUCUUGUACGCUUUCCUCAUGAUAGGAACGGCAUUGUCCAUCGUAGGUGCUAUGGUUGAGCAGCAAACCAUUUGGACUCCUAGCGGCCUGUUUAUCAUAGGCCUGGUGCUGAUGAACAUCAUCACAGCAGCGCUCCACCCCAAGGAGUUCCAUCUGGUCGUCUACGGCCUCCUCUACUUCAUCUCUAUCCCCAGUGGCUACCUCCUGCUGACCAUCUACUCCAUGGUCAACAUGAACAACGUGUCCUGGGGCACUCGGGAGACAGGUGUCCAAGUCGCUGCGCCACCAACCAAGGCCAUCACACAGCGCAUCCUACAGGCCAAGUGCUGCAAGUUUCUCUGCUGGGACAGUGGCAAAGUGGCAGACCAGAAUAGUCAGGCGCCAGAAACUGUUGUGUUGGCUAAUGAGCCAAAGGAUGUGUAUAAGGAUGUAUAUAAGGAUAAGGAUGUAUAUAAGGAUGUAUAUAAGGAUGCAUAUAAGGAUAAGGAUGUGUAUAAGGAUGUGUAUAAGGAUGUGUAUAAGGAUGUGUAUAAGGAUGUGUAUAAGGAUGUAUAUAAGGAUGUAUACAAGGAUGUAUACAAGGAUGUAUACAAGGAUGUGUAUAAGGAUGUGUAUAAGGAUGUAUAUAAGGAUAAGGAUGUAUAUAAGGAUGUGUAUAAGGAUGUGUAUAAGGAUGUGUAUAAGGAUGUAUAUAAGGAUGUAUAUAAGGAUGUGUAUAAGGAUAAGGAUGUAUAUAAGGAUGUAUAUAAGGAUGUAUAUACGGAUGUAUAUAAGGAUGUGUAUAAGGAUGUAUAUAAGGAUGUAUAUAAGGAUAAGGAUGUAUAUAAGGAUGUGUAUAAGGAUGUGUAUAAGGAUGUGUAUAAGGAUGUAUAUAAGGAUGUAUAUAAGGAUGUGUAUAAGGAUGUGUAUAAGGAUGUAUAUAAGGAUAAGGAUGUAUAUAAGGAUGUGUAUAAGGAUGUGUAUAAGGAUGUGUAUAAGGAUGUGUAUAAGGAUGUAUAUAAGGAUGUGUAUAAGGAUGUAUAUAAGGAUGUAUAUAAGGAUGUGUAUAAGGAUGUGUAUAAGGAUAAGGAUGAAGAGGAGGACUUUUGGAGAGAGCUCCAGAAGCUCUAUUUGGAACCUCUGGCUGAGGAUAAAGAAAAACAGAAGAAAAUCACAAAUGACCUAAAGGAACUGAGAAACAAGCCCGGAGUUGCUGCCCUCCAGCCCGGAGUUGCUGCCCUCCAGCCCGGAGUUGCUGCCCUCCAGCCCGGAGUUGCUGCCCUCCAGCCCGGAGUUGCUGCCCUCCAGCCCGGAGUUGCUGCCCUCCAGCCCGGAGUUGCUGCCCUCCAGCCCGGAGUUGCCACCCAGCCCGGAGUUGCCACCCAGCCCGGAGUUGCCACCCAGCCCGGAGUUGCCACCCAGCCCGGAGUUGCCACCCAGCCCGGAGUUGCCACCCAGCCCGGAGUUGCCACCCAGCCCGGAGUUGCCACCCCUCUGUCCUGA